UGGCGGGUGGCGCGCCCGCCGCGGCAGGUCCUCUCUAGCCCCCUCCUCCUUUUUGCUCCUGCUCCCCUCCCUCUGUCCCCUCGCUUCCAACUCCUCCCCCACCACCUCUCCCUCCCUCCGGCUCCCUCGGUCUCCUCCUCCCUGCUCUCACCCGCGCGCCGCGUCGGGAGCUAGUUAGAGCGCGGGGGCUGUCGCCUGAGCCCCGCUCCGUGGAGCCGGGCGGGUCUGCUGCGCGUCCGGUGGCUGCUGGCGGAACCCAGCGUGGCGGGCGCCGGAACGAUUCGCGGCUGCACUGGAGCGCCGAGUGAGGGCCAGGGGCCGUUCCUGCGCGGCCGCCCCAUUCCCAGACGGGCCGCCAGCCCUCCUGGUUCGCCUCCGCCGCCCCUCGCCGCCGGGAGCCAGGAGACGCCUAGAACUGGGCACCUGCGCCCGCAGCCCGGAGGUCUUCCCCCAGCCGGCCUCCGGGAGCCAGGACCGCGGAGGGGCCCACCAUGGUGUUCCCUGGGCCCCUGGCUGUCACCUUGCUCCCACCCAGCCUCACACUGCUGCUAGUGCACCUCGCCAGCUCCCAGGACGUCACCAGUGAACCCAGCAGUGAGCAGCAACUGUGCUCCCCAAGGGAACACCCCAUCGUGGCCUUUGCAGAUCUGAAGCCAUGGGUCUCUAACUUCACCUACCCUGGAGCCCGAGAUUUCUCCCAGCUCGCUCUGGAUCCUUCCAGAAACCAGCUCAUCGUGGGAGCCAGGAACUACCUCUUCAGACUCAGCCUUGCCAAUGUCUCCCUCCUUCAGGCCACAGAGUGGGCCUCCAACGAGGACACGCGCCGCUCCUGCCAAAGCAAAGGGAAGACCGAGGAGGAGUGUCAGAACUACGUGCGAGUCCUGAUCAUCACUGGCCGGAAAGUGUUCAUGUGUGGGACCAACGCCUUUUCCCCAGUGUGCUCCAGCAGACAGGUGGGGAACCUCAGCCGGACCAUGGAGAAGAUCAAUGGUGUGGCCCGCUGCCCCUACGACCCACGCCACAACUCCACGGCUGUCAUCUCCUCCCAUGGGGAGCUCUACGCGGCUACGGUCAUCGACUUCUCAGGUCGGGACCCUGCCAUCUACCGCAGCCUGGGCAGUGGGCCACCACUUCGGACUGCCCAGUAUAACUCCAAGUGGCUCAAUGAGCCAAACUUCGUAGCAGCCUAUGAUAUUGGGCUGUUUGCAUACUUCUUCCUGCGGGAGAACGCGGUGGAGCAUGACUGUGGGCGCACCGUGUACUCUCGGGUGGCCCGCGUGUGCAAGAAUGACGUGGGGGGCCGCUUCCUACUGGAGGACACUUGGACCACGUUCAUGAAGGCCCGGCUCAACUGCUCCCGCCCGGGCGAGGUCCCCUUCUACUACAACGAGCUGCAAAGUGCCUUUCACCUGCCCGAGCAGGACCUCAUCUACGGGGUCUUCACCACCAACGUAAACAGCAUUGCCGCAUCUGCUGUCUGCGCCUUCAACCUCAGUGCCAUCUCUCAGGCUUUCAAUGGCCCGUUUCGCUACCAGGAGAACCCCAGGGCUGCCUGGCUCCCCAUCGCCAACCCCAUCCCCGAUUUCCAGUGCGGCACCCUGCCCGAGGUGGGCCCCAACGAGAACCUGACGGAGCGCAGCCUGCAGGAUGCGCAGCGCCUGUUCCUGAUGAGUGAGGCCGUGCAGCCCGUGACACCCGAGCCUUGUGUCACCCAAGACAGUGUGCGCUUCUCACACCUCGUGGUGGACCUUGUGCAGGCCAAGGACACGCUCUACCACGUGCUCUACAUUGGCACCGAGUCGGGCACCAUCCUGAAGGCGCUGUCCACCACAAGCCGCAGCCUCCGUGGCUGCUACCUGGAGGAGCUGCACGUGCUGCCCCCCGGGCGUCGGGAGCCGCUGCACAGCCUGCGCAUCCUGCACAGCGCCCGCGCGCUCUUCGUGGGGCUGAGCGAUGGCGUGCUGCGGGUCCCUCUGGAGAGGUGCGCCGCCUACCGCAGCCAGGGGGCCUGCCUGGGGGCACGGGACCCGUACUGCGGCUGGGACGGGAAGCAGCAACGUUGCAGCACGCUCGAGGAGAGCUCCAACAUGAGCCUGUGGACCCAGAACAUCACAGCAUGUCCUGUGCGGAAUGUGACUCAGGAUGGGGGCUUUGGCCCGUGGUCACCAUGGCAACCAUGUGAGCACUUAGAUGGGGACAACUCAGGCUCUUGCCUGUGUCGGGCCCGAGCCUGUGAUUCCCCCCGACCCCACUGUGGGGGCCGAGACUGCCUGGGGCCAGCCAUCCACAUCGCCAACUGCUCCAGGAAUGGGGCGUGGACCCCGUGGUCGUCGUGGGCCCUGUGCAGCACGUCCUGUGGGAUCGGAUUCCAGGUCCGCCAGCGCAGUUGCAGCAACCCUGCUCCCCGCCACGGGGGCCGCAUCUGCGUGGGCAAGAGCCGGGAGGAGCGGUUCUGUAACGAAAACACGCCUUGCCCGGUGCCCAUCUUCUGGGCAAACUGGGGCUCCUGGAGCAAGUGCAGCAGCAACUGUGGGGGCGGCGUGCAAUCGCGGCGUCGGGCCUGUGAGAACGGCAACUCCUGCCCCGGCUGCGGCGUGGAGUUCAAGACGUGCAACCCCGAGGGCUGCCCCGAAGUGCGGCGCAACACGCCCUGGACGCCGUGGCUGCCCGUGAACGUGACCCAGGCAGGGGCGCGGCAGGAGCAGCGCUUCCGCUUCACGUGCCGCGCACCCCUUCCCGACCCCCACGGCCUGCAGUUUGGCAGAAGAAGGACGGAGACCAGAACCUGCCCCGCAGAUGGCUCCGGAGCCUGCGACACAGAUGCCCUAGUGGAGGAUCUCCUGCGCAGCGGGAGCACCUCCCCGCACAUGGUGAGUGGGGGCUGGGCUGCCUGGGACCCGUGGUCAUCCUGCUCCCGGGACUGCGAGCAGGGCUUCCGCGUCCGCAAGAGAACCUGCACGAACCCAGAGCCCCGCAAUGGGGGCCUGCCCUGCGUGGGGGACGCGGCAGAGUACCAGGACUGCAACCCGCAGGCUUGUCCAGUGCGGGGUGCCUGGUCCUGUUGGACCUCGUGGUCCCCAUGUUCAGCCUCCUGCGGUGGCGGCCACUAUCAACGCACCCGUUCCUGCACCAGCCCUGCGCCCUCCCCAGGCGAGGACAUCUGUCUUGGGCUGCACACGGAGGAGGCACUCUGUGCCACACAGGCCUGCCCAGAAGGCUGGUCACCAUGGUCUGAAUGGAGUACAUGCACCGAGGAUGGAGUCCAAAGCCGCAGCCGACACUGCGAGGAGCUGGUCCCCGGGCCCAGUACCUGCACUGGAAACAGCAGUCAGAGCCGCCCCUGCCCCUACAGCGAGAUUCCUGUGAUCCUGCCUGCCUCCAGUGUGGACGAGGCCACCGGCUGUGGAGGGUUCAGUCUCAUCCACCUGGUGGCCACGGGCAUCUCCUGCUUCCUGGGCUCUGGACUGCUGACCUUGGCAGUGUACCUGUCCUGCCAGCACUGCCAGCACCAGUCCCAAGAGUCUACACUCGUCCAUCCUGCCACCCCCAACCACCUGCAUUACAAGGGUGGGGGCACACCCAAGAAUGAGAAGUACACACCCAUGGAAUUCAAGACCCUGAACAAGAACAACCUGAUCCCCGAUGACAGAGCGAGUUUCUACCCAUUGCAGCAGACCAAUGUGUACACGACCACCUACUACCCCAGUCCACUGAACAAACACAGCUUCCGGCCUGAGGCCUCACCUGGACAACGGUGCUUCCCCAACAGCUGAUACCACUGUCCUGGGGACUUGGACUCCUUGCCUUCCUAAGGCACAGAGCAGGUGGAGAUGGGACGGUGGAGCCAGUGUGGUUUUCUCCCUCUACACUAAGCCAAGAACUUGCUGCCUUGCCUUGUGGGGGUCCCGUCUGGCUUCAGAGAGCUUUGGCUGGCAGUGACCAUGGGGGAGAGGGCUGGCUUCACGCUGGCACAUGGCUGCAGUUCCAGCUCAGCCCAGGUUUCUGACGGUCUCCUUGCAACCCACCAUCAUGCUGAUCUCCCCUGCUGUGUCUGGGCUGCGGACCUCCUAGGCAUGUGAGGAAUUGGAGAGUGGAGAUGGCAGGAGGGAAGGAUUUUAGGUUUGGGUUGGAAAUGAUGGCCCACGUGGCCAUCAUGGGCCGUGGCUGCCCCUCUAUGGCUGGCCCCAGAAAGGGCCUGGGCCACAUCCUGGUGAUCUCUGAAAGAAACUAAUCAAAUGGCCCCAGUAGCUCUGGAUUCUCUGCCCAGGGCUGGGCCAUUGUGGUGCUGCCCCAGUGUGCCAUGGGGUCCAAGCCAGCCCAGGUUGUCCACCUCGCCUAGCAGUCUGCACUUUGCCCAGGGACAUCCCUCUGGUCAGAGGCAUUGAGGACUGGGGACUGGAGACUAAUCUUUGCUGAGAAGUCCUUUAAUCUGGGCUGGCACAUUCCUCAUCCUUGCCCUCAGAAUGCACGAAUGGUGGCCAGGGGGGAAAGGGAGGCAGGAGUACAGCCUCUGUGCCAUGCUGGAGACUGUCUUCCAGUUGCUGCUGAACAGAGCUGUUGGCUGAGACCUGCUUGGGAGCCUCUGCUGGCCCCUCAUCUGUUCAGGAACACACACGUACACAUACAAUCACAAUCUGCUACAGCAACAAAGAGGGUGUUGGACUGUGGUGUUAUUAAUUAAAGAUGAUACCAGUCUCCAAAUAUAACGUUGUCUUCAUGCAUACGUGUGGGCUCCUCUUGGCCUGGUCUAGUCAAUUAGAGUGAUGCACUGGGGUGACAGAUGGUUUUCUCAGGGUGGGGGAGAUGACCCACAUAGAGUGUGACUUUAACGCACACACACGCAGGUUGCCCUAAACCCUGAUUGGGAAAGAGGUUAGGGAUAAACAGAUUGAUAAGGAGGGACACAGAGUGCACCAGAUGCAGCACAACGGAAGAUUUCUGCUCGUUCCCUCCGUAGCUCUAACAGACAACAGCUCCAUGGCAGAAAUGUGCGAGUCCAGCAGCGGGGUAUGCAUGAGGGUUAUUUUAUGAGGUAUUUACAUUGAUG